AUGGAGAACCCUUCUACACAAUUACGCUCGCGGGCGGGCUGUGAGCGCUGCAAACGUCGAAGGCAAAAGUGCGAUGAGGCACGACCAGAUUGCGGCCGAUGCCGUAGCGCCGGAGAGAGCUGUGUUUACCGCCUCAAUCUCAAAUGGGGAGGACGAGCCUUCGGUCUAUCUCGCUUUGGCAUUUGUCCAGUGCAAAUGAUCAACGGAGCUUUCGUGUAUUCAGCGGAGGUGAUGGCGACACCUGCGAGCGUGGCCUCGCAGACUUCGGAACAGCCACGUUCUCACCUUUCCUUAACUCGGUCCCUCUCUGGACUUCCACCUGACCUCAAUGCCGAAUUACAGCAGCUUUGGCAUUACUUUGUCUCUACGGCAUCCGGGACGAUGUCCUGUCACAAGCAGAUGCAGAACGAGACAUGCCGUGUUCUUCUUCCUAUGGCGUUUGAAGACCCUGCGCUCCGUCAUGCAAUCUUUGCUUUCUCAUCUGCUCACAAAGCAAGUCAGACAGAUUCUGAGAGCUCGCGCGGUAGCUUAAAAUGGCACGCGGCGAGUCUGAGAAAUAAAAGUAUAGGUCAGCUUCGUCAAGAGAUUGUUUCAGGGUAUAGCCGGCUGGAAUCCAUCUUUGCAACCUGUUUGAUCCUGUGCUUGGGUACUUUAUGCCAUGAAAACGAGGAAUACAAUUCCUGGAGGACACAUCUUCAGGGGGCAAGAGCUAUCAUGUCUGCUAUUUAUGCUGCGCAGUCUGACUCGACCCAUUUAAAUACAUCAAUUUCUUUUCUACGAAGACGUUACUCAUUACUUGAGAUGGUUGCAAGCUUGACUCCGGACGGGUUUCCAGCAGGGGACUUAAGUUAUGAGUCUUCCGAAACUUCAUCACAGCCGAGCCGGAUCUUCUUUGAUGAUUAUGCCGGUUGUUAUCCCGAAAUAUUUGAGAUAUUUCACCAGAUAAGCGCUGUUGCGUGGAAGCGACGACAGAGAGAGUACGAAUCUUAUAACUUUGUCCCACUUUCUGAUCCAGACUUCGAGCUUCAAGCAGCCAAUCUUGAGAGCCGGCUUUUGGAAAUGAUAGAACGAGAUAAGAGUACUCGGCCAUGCUUCUCCCCAGGCCUCCAGGAGACAUUGGACGAAAAGCAAGCCCUUGAAUUCGCUUAUUGCAACCUAUUGCUCGAAUAUACCGCAUUGAUCCACAUCCGCACACAGAUUAUGAGCCUUGAUUCCGAGGCUAUGGAAGUACAGCAGCCAGUGAAGAUGAUCAUCCAUCUUGUUCAACAGCUUGAGCCUCCAUCAGGCCUUUCGCCUGUCCUAGGAGUGAACACCGCUCUCUUUAUCGCCGGGCGCUAUGCCUUUGGGGCGGAUCGGACGAUUGUUCAAUCAUUGCUUAUACGCUUCCAUCGAAAAAUGUACAAUUACAACAUGAUCAAUGCAAUGGAUAUAUUGGACUUGAUAUGGCGGCAGGUUGAUUCGGGCCAGAAAAACAUUGGUCUGCAAGGACAUGACUUCAUGGCCUGGUAA